AUGUCAGGUUUGCCCGAGUUUUACUAUGAUGCCAUCAAGCAAGGCCAAUAUUUUCGAAAGAUCGCCUAUAUGCACGCUAAAUACGGCCCCGUGGUUCGAAUUGGGUCGGAUGAGAUCCACGUGAAUGAUCCUAAAUGCAUUCAGGAUAUUUAUGCUGGGCCGGGCAAAGUCAGAGAUAAAUACAACUUCUACACGCAACAGUUCGGUAUUCCCGAAGCUUCCUUGACCACACCUUCCCAUGGCUUGCAUAGAGUCCGUCGUGCAGCAAUUGCCCCUUUCUUCUCCAAACGCUCUGUUUCCAGUCUCGAGCCCGUCAUCGUUGGGCUUGCCGAGCAGCUUUAUCUCCGUCUGAAUAGCUAUGCAGGUACAGACCAGCCCGUAGUCUUAAACGAUGCAUUUAGCUGUUUCGCCACAGAUGUCAUCAUGGAAUAUUCGUUUGCCCGCAGCUACGGCUUCUUACAGAAUGCCGACUUUCUUCCAAACCUACGCAAUUGUCUUCAGGGUUUGAUGAUUUCGGUCCACUACGUCAAGCAUUUCCCCUGGGUUCUCAAUAUCAUGGAUAUAUUGCCCAUGCUCUUUUACUCACUUAUUCUAUUUGCACAGGAUAUCAAGAUCCAAGUGAACGAACUUUGGACCGGUCAAAAUACGAAUUUCAAGACCAAGGACCAUCCAACAAUCUUCCAUGCACUUCUCAACGCAAACGCCCCAGCGAGUGAGAAGCAUCCUGAUCGACUAUGGCAGGAGGGAUUUCUGGUGAUCGGGGCAGGGACAGAGACCACGGCUUGGAUUCUCACGACAACAAUGUACUAUUUGAUCGCCAAUCCGUGCGCAUACAAUAAGCUCAAACAAGAGCUGCUGACCGAAUUCCCCAACAUUUCGGCCACGCCCACCAUCGCCGUCGUGGACCGUCUCCCUUUUCUGAUAAGUACUGCCGAAGGUCUUCGGCUUGGGGUCGGGGUUAGCUCUCGCCUGCAGCGUAUUUCGCCGACACAUCCGAUCCGCGUCGGAGACUGGACGGUACCUCCCGGCACUCCAGUGGGGAUGUCGAGCAUUCUCGUUCAUCAUAACCAUCAACUCUUCUACAAGCCCUACGAAUUUAUCCCCGAACGAUGGAUAGAGAAUCCGAAGUUGGAUGAUUACCUUUUGAGCUUUUCUAAAGGAUCUAGACAAUGUGCCGGGAUUACUCUUGCAUAUACCGAGCUCCGGUUAGUUCUGGCUACAUUGAUUCGAAGACUUGACUUUACACUUUUUAAGACGACAGUUGAGGAUGUGGCUCUCGAGCAUGACCUUGUAACAGCGAAUGCUGGGCUUGGAUCCAAAGGGGUGAGAGUGCUCGUGAAGUAG